CAUACAGUGUUACUGUGCUGUACAAACAGGAUGCUGCUCCUCAGACACAUUCAGACAUCCACUGUGAUGGUCAGAGAACACGUUGCAGCUCUGCAUUCAGUUCUUCAUUGUCUGUGGGACAUUUUAUUGUUUCUUUACUUUUGGAACCAAACUAACCAUUAAAUAUUUACUCCGGUUACCUUGAGAUACAAUUCAACUGCAGGGUGAAAGGGAAGAACACUGGAACAACCAAAAGGUAUGAACUGCUGUUAGUUACCAAGGAGGAACCCAUCUGACAAACAACAAGAAGACGAGAGACUCCAUACUGUUUGCAGCGUUCAUAAGGGUUUUACUGUAUCAAACCAACGUUCUACAGAGAUCCACCGGAACCAAACUAUUCUGACAAUUAUCUCAGUAGAUUUGACUGACGUUGGAAGAGAUGAGAUCUAUGUUUUCCCACCCUGCCAUCCUGUUCCUGUGGAUUCAGAGUUCUAGUGGAUGGAUGCAUCCUAAAUGCCAGAUUUAUGACAGCAGUGAAGACUUGGAACACUUUCCCACCUGGAUCUGCAGCCACAUACCUCAUCAUGCAGAACGUUACACUGCUGCCUGUCAAGAUGUCACAGCCAUCGAGGAGGAUCUACUUGGACUUCCCCCUAAUAUCAAUACCCUCUGCAUAUCUAUGACACAUGGUGAAAAUAGAUCCAUGUCUCUGGGCUUUUUCUCCCAGUUUCAGGAUCUGGAGUCUCUGUACAUUAAAGGCUGUUUUACUCAAAUCCUUCCAUCUGGGAACAGUCACCUUCCAUCUGGGAACAGUCACCUUCCAUCUGGGAACAGUCACCUUCCAUCUGGGAACAGCCACCUUCCAUCUGGGAACAGCCACCUUCCAUCUGGGAAUAGCCACCUUCCAUCUGGGAACAGUCACCUUCCAUAUGGGAAUAGUCACCUUCCAAAUCUGCAGUAUUUACAUUUGGAUGGUUUGGGCUCUGGGUGCUGUGAUUGUCAUUUUGGGCCUCAUACAUUCAGAGAUUUAGUCAAGCUGAGUCAUUUGACCAUAUGGGGUUAUCGACUAUCAGCAAUGGCCCCAGAUGUUUUCCAUGGCAUUCCUCUGUUACAAAGUCUCAACAUUAUUGAACCCUGUGUAUAUGAUUUGUCAGAGAUACUAUGCAGAAUAAUGAAUAUAAAGUCACUUAUAGAGCUAAAAAUAGAAGCACCAGAGAUACAAUCGAUAAACCAAUCAAACUGCUCCAUUUUAAUAACCAACGAAAGCAUGAAACCUGUUUUUAACAAUCUAACAUUCUCUGACGUCUCAUUUGGUGAAAUAACACAUAUAGAGGAAGGUGCACUGGCUUGGCUCCAGAACCUCACAAGGUUAACAGGGGCUUUCAGCCAGGAAGUCCUACUGGACCUUCCCCUGUCUGGGAUAAAACAAAUCCAGGACUUCAGUUGCUCUGGGAUCAAUGUCAUUGAUAUUGAAAGUAUCUGUAAUGUAGUGUUUUUGCUUUCAAUCAAGAAAUUAUAUUUAUACAAUGCCAAUACAAGCAGCCUCUCUAUGUCCAGUGUUGAGUUGUGCACUGGGCUAGAAUAUAUGUAUUUACAUGGCAUUUUCUGUUCUACUCCAUAUUUGGAAUGGCAUUUUAUUUCCAGUCUAAAAAACCUUAACCAAUUAACAAUAGCCGGCCUGGAAGACAACAGACUUGAUAUUUGCUCCUUCCAAAAACAACCAAUA